GGGAAGGUGAUAGAACGAAAGAAAGAAAAAAAAACGCUCUGUGCUCGCGCCGGAGACGCCUGCCACGACUUCUCUCCUCGCACAAGAGGGAGUUAUCCUUCCUCCCCCUUUCCUGUUAGUUGCCGCUGCAUCUUUACGCGAGUGUGCCCCGUCACCGGCGGCGUCCGUUUCAAACUGCCGCUUCUUCUUUUCGCUCAUCGAAAGCUGUCUUCUUCUGUAUUCGCACACCGCCGUCUAGAGACAGACGAGACAUUCAACAGCUCCGGCGUUUCCGUUGAUGACGCUUUGGCAUUUCGGAUAACACAUCUAAACUUCUGUCAUUAAACUCUUCUUAUUCAUUAGUAUUGUUCCCCCCUCCCCCCUUCACAGGAAACAAGAUGAACUUGGACAACUACUUCGCCAGGUUUCUGCACAAGAGUAACGGAAAGGCAGUGGGAAAGAAGGAAGAGGCGGUGCCGCUGCCCGGCGUCCCUGUGGUCCCUUCGCGUCCUCCCACCACUCUGAAAGCAGGCGGAGGUGUCACCAGCAGUUCUCCCGAGCACGCUGACGGCGAAGGACGCAACGGUCGUGCGUCGGGUGACGCAGGUGUGGUGCCAAGCUACGCACGCACGUCUCUCGACGGUGCCGGCGGAAGUGCAGGGCCCGCGUCGAAGGUGGUGGAUAGAAAUGUAGACGUCGUAAGUUCAUCCAAACGGCUACGUGACGAGGAUGUGGCGGUGGAGGUCUUUUCCCCCACCACCGCGAAGCGCGUGCUGGCACGCCGGGGACACUCGGAGGAAGACGAGGACGAGCUGGCGCUGCUGUUGGGCUCGCAGGAGGCACGUCAAGUCAAGAAAGUGGACGCCAUGCUGGAGGAGAUCGCACGAGCACAACAGCAGGCGGCCGCCGCCCCCUCCUCCCACGCCUCCUCGCCCGUUGCUGCGUCGAAGGAGGACGACUUUGACGCCUCCACUGCCUGCACAAUGGGCAGCCUCGCCUGGCACAAGUCGUCUGCGCGGGCCCUGGAAACGAUUGCUCGCUACUUUCAGCGUCAGUUUGAGUUCGACCUGCGCCACAACGCUGAACUAUUCAACGUGUUUGAGCCUUUCUUCAAAGACCGCGCGCUGAGCCGCAUCGCGCAGGACGCGGAGCUGCGGCCCUUCUUCUACCCCGCCCCCGCCGUCACCAACGAAAGCGUCGGCGCCCUCGCCGGCUGCGUGCUGCGGUCGUACCAGGUCGAAGGCGUGCAGUUCUUACUGGACCGCUUUCACCGCGGCAUGUCGUGCAUCUUGGCGGACGACAUGGGUCUGGGCAAGACGGCGCAGAUCUCCGCGUUUCUGCACACCCUGCGGCAGCUGCACAGCAUUGAGGGGCCGCACCUCGUUAUUGCGCCGCUGUCGACUCUCACGAGCUGGACGCGGGAGCUGGCGCGGUGGGCACCGCAGCUGCGCGUGGUGAAGUACCAUGGUGAGCGCCAGACCCGCAUGCUGGCCCGCGCUGGCCACCACAACCGCCACGCCGUUUUCGUGACCACCCCUGCCUUGAUCCAGCACGAUCGCGGUUUCUUCCGGAAGCGGUCGUGGGUGACGGUGAUCGUGGACGAGGCGCACGUGCUGAAGACGCACGACACGGCGAUUACCUCCGUCUCUCGCAAGCUGACGGCGUGCUAUCGCGUGGCCGUCACCGGGACGCCGGUGCACAACAACGUCCAGGAGGUGUGGAGUCUGCUGAGCUUUCUCUAUCCGUGGCUCAUGGCGGGCUACGACCCGAGCGUGCGCGAUCCGGUGCGGCAGGCCGAAGAGUGUGCGAGGGUACUGCAGUUCAUCAUGCUGCGACGCACCAAGGCAGACAUGGAGCUCGGCAUCCCGCCCCGCAUCGACGAGCCGCUCACGAAGCUGGCCCCCACCUACGUCCAGCAGCACCUCCUCUCGCAGCUCACCACCCACGCCCUGCGGGAGGGCAACACGGGCCACCAGCUGCAUGGCCAUCUGAGUCAUCAGCGGGCGGUGUGCAACCACCCCUUGACGCUGCGGCUGCUGGCCGAUGAGAACCGCACAACCGGCUCACAGAAGUCGGUGGAGGACCGCAUGAAGGCGGCGGGCAUUCCGAUGGACGCCGCGCACAUCAUCGACCCCAGCGCGAAGAUGCGCUACCUGCACUCCCUUUUGCCGAAGCUGAAGGCCGCUGGCCAUCGCUGCCUCAUCUUUUCGAACUUCACCGCCACGCUCGACCUGCUGGAGGCGAUGUGCCACCUGUGCGACUACAGCUACGAGCGCCUGGACGGGAGCUGCAACCGCGUGGAGCGGGAGCUGGCGAUGCUGCGCUACAACCACCCCACCUCGUCGUGCUUUCUCUUUCUCGUGACGACCACCGCGGGCGGCGUCGGCGUCACGCUGACGGGGGCCGACACCGUCGUUCUGUUUGAUGCACACUUCAAUCCGCAGCUGGACCGGCAGGCGGCCGACCGCGCUCACCGCAUCGGGCAGACCCGCACGGUGCACGUCUACCGACUGUGCUUGGAGGGGACGGUGGAGGAGCACAUCCGCGGCAUCGCGGCUGGCAAAGCGUCGUUGGGCGACUUCAUCGUCGAAGGCGGGAAAGGCGGUCAGCGGCGCAACGGUGGCGGCGGGUCAGCGGACGGCGCCGGUGCCGCAAGGAUCACCGCCGAGGACAUACGGGAGAUGUUCCGCCGGUUGGAGCAGCAAAAGACGCACAACGCCGCCAGCGGAUCGGCGAACUCCCUCAACUUCGCGCCGCUCGUAGAGGAUACGGACGGUCACGCAGAGGAGAAUGCGAUGAUCGCGGACUUGCUAGCGGUGGAGGACACGGGCCUGCCGGGGUCCGCCGCCGCAGGGCCACGUGGCGGCGGUGGUGUGGGCAGCCUCGGCUCCCCGCCCAAGCAAACACACGAGUGCUUCUGCUGCGGUGGUAUUAUGCACCCGAUGGAGCCGCUCUACCACUGUAUGGUGUGUCCCAAGGCCUACCACGCCGCCUGCAUCGGUGCACGCACGCCGAAGCCGGGCGAGACGCUGAAGCGGCAGUGGACGUGCCCGCGUCACGUGUGCUCGCUGUGCGGGAAGCCGCAGUCCGCCGAUGGCGCCAUCUUCAUGUGUGACGCCUGUCCCCGCUCCUUCUGCUUUGACUGCUUGGAUCCGCGCUACCUCGAAAUGGACCCAACCGGAGCACGUCUGCUGCACAUCCGCAGCACCUACGCGGAUAUGGCGAAGGAAGAGAUGGAAGUGAAGCGCUCGUGCUACUACAUUACGUGUCUGCGCUGCUGCGGCGUGGUGUCCCCCUCUUCCUCCUCCUCCUCCGCCGGCUCAGCGGGAGACGAUGACGGCGACGACAACGAUGCAGGGGAGUCGGACUCCGGUGAGGUGGAGAGCAGCGAGGAGGCAGAGGUAGAGGAGGAGGACAACGCGUAG